AUGCGCCGUGUGCGCAGGGAUGGGGUACUGGACGUUCGUCAUUUGCGACGGCGAUGGCUUCCGGAAGAACGGACGGGCCAAUACCAAAGGCCCCGCGUGCGAGGGGCGCAGGAAGAGGCUGCGCGGGGACUGCACGGGGUCCAGGUUGGAAGCGUGCACGAAUUACAUAGGCUCCAGACGGAAGACAGAGGAGACGCAUGUGGGGGGCAGGGCGCGGUGGCUUCUCCGGCAUUCAUAACAAAUCCGUCCCCAUUGAUCUCAACGCUAACUACCGGACCCGUGUGUCCAACUACCGCAUCCCCGACUUGUCCUCCCAUCUCCACGUCCCACACCUGCACGCUCUCGUCCCACGAUCUAGAUACCACACGUCUUCCGUCCCCACUCAUCGCAACGCAAUCCACUCCAGCCCUAUGA